AUGGUAUUUAUUACAGGAACGGCAGUAACAGCAACGGCAGUAACAGCAACGGGUGUGGCACUUGCAUUUGGACCUGUGAUGUUCGGUUUAGCAGGAAAAGCCGGAAUUGAAUUAACUAAGUUCGCUUGGCAUCGUUAUCAAGACAGAAGGCAAGAAAAUUAUUCAACAGGAUAUUACUAUUAUCCUCCGAUUGAAUAUACUUCUAGUUGGACAACAUCGCAUUGGCGAUGA